CUAAUGCUUCUUCCGUGGCUAUAGACCGUUCUACGUUUAUGCUAUUUUACGAGGCAGAGUUAAAAAGUAGGACACCGCCUUAGGCAGACCGGCCCGUUUACUCGCAACCAGUUCGGGUUAUUCAAAGAGCCGCCCGACUUGUUACGAAACUCUUCUCAAUUUCCCAGAGCCACAUUGUUCGUCCGAAUUCCCAGAAACCCCAAAAGAAACAUACCUGCACGCCAUGGAGCAGGGAGAGUUCGAUCGGAUCCUCUUCUUCGAACAGGCCCGCAAGGCCGCCGAGGCUACCUACGCUAAGAACCCUCUCGAUGCUGAUAACUUGGCGAGGUGGGGAGGAGUACUGUUAGAGUUGUCUCAAUUUCAGAGCGUUCCCGAUUCGAAAAAGAUGAUUCAAGAUGCAAUUUCAAAGCUGGAGGAAGCAUUGCUGGUUAAUCCCAUGAAGCAUGAUGCUCUUUGGUGCCUAGGAAAUGCUCACACAUCUUAUGCAUUUUUGACACCGGACCAGGAUGAGGCAAAGGUUUAUUUCGACAAGGCAGCCUUCAACUAUCAGCAAGCGGUCGAUGAGGAUCCAGGGAAUGAUCUUUAUCGCAAGUCCUUGGAAGUUGCUGCCAAGGCCCCUGAAUUGCACAUGGAAAUUCAUAAGCGCGGUUUUGCUCAACAAACAAUGGGGACAGCAGGACCUUCUACUUCAUCAGGUUCAAAGACUUCUUCGAAGAAAAAGAAGAGUAGUGAUCUCAAAUAUGACAUAUUUGGAUGGAUAAUUCUUGCUGUUGGAAUUGUUGCAUGGGUGGGUUUUGCAAAAUCACAGGUUCCUCCACCUCCUCCACGAUAAGUGAGGCAUUCGCAUGCCGCCGACGGGGAUUUGCACAUUUUGAGAGUUUCUGACCUGAUUUAUGCAGAAAGUUGAGGAUCAAAUCUAAUCCAUCAUCCAUUAGUUUUUUUUUUUUUUUUCCCUUUUCUGUUACCCCUAGUAACGUAUUCCAUGUACAACUGAUAACUGAUAAGUUAAAAGUGUCUUCAAUCUUCUAUGUGAAAUGUUGAUUUUUCUCCC